UGGACCGGUAGCGCAGCGACGACAGACGGGCCUCUUCUCUCCGCAGGAACAGGAUGUUUGCUUCUCCUACCCCCCGAUCAUAAGACUUUCUAACGGGUUAAACCCCCGCGGAGUUCGUCGGCAACCCCCCAGGCACCCGCAGCACCCCCGCCCCGGACCGGGAUGUCGCUGUUCCAGUCGGCGCUGGACUUCCUGGCCGGGCCCGGCGCGGCGGGGCCGGCCGGCCGGGACCACAACGACUUCGUCGGGCAGGUCGUGGAGCUGGGCGACAUGAAGCUGCGGAUCAGGCGGGUGAUCGCCGAAGGUGGAUUUGCCUAUGUGUAUGAAGCCCAGGACAUGAGCAGCGGUAAAGACUAUGCCCUCAAGAGGCUGCUGUCCAACGAGGAGGAGAAGAACAAGGAAAUCAUACAGGAAGUCUGUUUCAUGAAAAAGCUGUCGGGGCAUCCGAAUGUGGUGCAGUUCUGCUCUGCUGCCUCCAUCAGUAAGGAGGAGUCGGACACUGGUCAGGCGGAGUUCCUCAUCCUCACUGAGCUGUGUAAAGGUCAGCUGGUGGAUUUCAUAAAGCGGGUAGAGCAGAGGGCUCUCCUGUCCUGCGACACUGUGCUUAAAAUCUUCUACCAGGCCUGCCGUGCCGUGCAGCACAUGCACAAACAGAAACCUCCAGUCAUCCACAGAGACCUCAAGAUUGAAAACCUCUUGAUUAGUAACCAGGGCACCAUCAAGCUGUGUGACUUUGGCAGCUCCACCACAGUGUCACAUUAUCCUGACUUCAGCUGGUCUGCACAGAAGAGGUCCAUGGUGGAGGACGAGAUCACCAGAAACACCACUCCAGCGUACCGAACACCUGAGAUGAUCGACCUGUACUCCAACUUUCCCAUCAAUGAGAAACAAGACAUCUGGGCCCUGGGCUGCAUCCUCUACCUGCUGUGUUUUAAGCAGCAUCCCUUUGAGGAGGGGGCCAAGCUGCAAAUAGUCAACGGGAAAUACGCCAUCCCUCAGAACGAUGUCAAGUACACCGUCUAUCACGACCUCAUACGUUUGAUGUUGAAGGUAAACCCAGAAGAGCGUCUGUCUAUUACAGAGUUGGUCAACCAGCUCCAGGAAAUUGCAGCGGCGCGCAACGUCAACCCCAAGUCUCCAAUCACAGAGCUGCUGGAGCAGAACGGGGGCUUCGGCAACAACGGAGCGCAGUUGCCCCUGCAGAUCCACAACGCCCACAACAACGCAGGUGUGUAUGAUCCAGACCAGGCGGGCAGCGGCCUCUUUGAUAUCCUGAGAGGAGGAACGGAGCGCUUCCUGACCAACAUAAAGGACACGUCCUCUAAAGUCAUCCAGUCGGUGGCCAGCUACGCCAAAGGGGACCUGGAUAUUUCCUACAUCACCUCCAGAAUAGCAGUCAUGUCUUUUCCAGCAGAGGGGGUGGAAUCAGCGAUAAAGAACAACAUUGAAGACGUCCGUUUGUUCCUGGAUUCACGUCACGCUGGACACUACGCCGUUUACAAUCUCUCCAAGCGAUCGUACAGGCCCUCUCGCUUCCAUAACAGGGUUUCAGAAUGCAACUGGCAGGUGCGGCGAGCCCCCAACCUCCGCAGCCUCUACAGCGUCUGUAAGAACAUGCACCAGUGGCUCAAGCAGGACCAGAGGAACAUCUGUAUAGUACACUGUCUGGAUGGCAGAGCAGCUUCAGCGGUGGCCGUCUGCUCCUUCCUCUGCUUCUGCCGCCUGUUCACCACAGCCGAGGCUGCUGUCUACAUGUUCUCCAUGAGACGCUGCCCCCCCGGCAUAGCCCCUUCACACAAGAGAUACAUAGAGUAUAUGUGUGACAUGAUGGCAGAGGAGCCCAUAAUCCCUCAUUGCAAGCCUGUGACUAUCCAUUCCAUCGUCAUGACGCCCGUACCGCUGUUCAACAAGCAGCGCAACGGCUGCAGGCCCUUCUGUGAAGUUUACGUCGGAGACGAACGAGUGCUCACGACAUCGCAGGAGUACGACAAAAUGAAGGAUUUUAAAAGCGAAGAUGGAAGAGCAGAGAUUCCCCUCAAUGUCACAGUUCAGGGAGAUGUUCUGGUGGUGAUCUAUCAUGCACGAUCUACACUUGGAGGACGUCUACAAGCAAAGAUGGCGUCCAUGAAAAUGUUUCAAAUCCAGUUUCACACAGGCUUUGUGCCGAGAAAUGCAACUACUGUCAAGUUUAACAAGUAUGAUUUGGACGCCUGCGACAUCCAGGAGAAGUAUCCGGACCUGUUCCAGGUGAAUCUGGACAUCGAGGUGGAGCCCAGGGACCGGCCCAGCACCAGGACCCCCCCGUGGGACGGCUUCCAGACCAAGGGCCUCAACCCCAAGAUCUUAUUCUCCUCACGCGAUGAACAGCAGGAGAUCCUCAGCAAAUUUGGUAAGCCCGAGCUGCCUCGGCAGCCAGGCUCCUCUGCCUUUUAUGACUCAGAGUCGCAGACACAACCGGCUCAGACGCCAGACGGCUCCAACGCUGCCGAAGCAGAAGCAGAGUCUCCUAUGAGCAACGAUACCAACGACAACAGCAACUUCUUCCAGACACUAGACUGGGAAGAGCUCCAGAGCGCUCAGGAGGCUUCAGACAGCCAAGGAGGAGGAUCCAUACCUGACCAGGAGGAUUUAAGUGAUCAAUCGGAGGGAGAGUCUUACUCUGCUCCGAGUGGAGAACCUCUGUCACGUGACCAGAGCGAGCAGCUGUUUGAGGCCGACUUCCAGACUCCCCCUCCUGCUGCCCAGGACUCCUCUGUGGACGACACGGCUGACCUGCUGGGAUUAAACUGCGAGCCUGAACGCCCUCCCACAUCCUCCACUCCCUCGUCUGCUCCUCAGCAGGGAGAUCAGGGAGGAUUGAAAGCUGCGUCCAGCAACAGCGACCUCCUCAACGACCUGUUUGCACCUUCUGCUGGUCAGUCAGGGGCGGUGCAGGAAGAUUUGUUCUUCAGCGGGCCGCCCGGUGCAGCCACGCCAGACUCAAAACCUGUGGGCGACCUUUUUGAUCCGUUCGGGAUGGGCCCCGGGGCCGGGGUCGGCUCCGGGUCCGGGGUCGGCUCCAGCGUGGCCUCGUCUCGGCAAGCGUCCGGACCAGACCUGUUCGGAGACCUGCUGGGGUCUGAUAGUUCUGCAACCAGUGGCUUCAGCUCGGCUCAUAGCAACCCCACCCCUGCCUCCAACACCAGCCUCUUCAACCUCAAUAAGCUCGUGAAAGACGUCCCGAAGAUGACGUCGUCCGCCAGCCAGCCGGACCUGCUGGGUGGUUGGGACAGUUGGGCGGCCGGCGGUGGCAGCAGCACUGGCGUCAACACCCCCACCAGCAAACCCACUUACACCAACACAGCGUCUGGUGUGUCGUCCAUGUCCAAGGCCAAGUCCCAGACCUUUGAUCCUUUUGCAGACCUCGGAAAUCUGGGCUCCAAUCUGCCAGGGUCUUCCUUUAACACCAAAGGUCCUUCUUCCUCCUCAUCGUCUUCUGCGAAGCCUCAAGCCCAGCCCUGGCAGUCUGGACGACCCGCGUCAGCUCAGAGCAAACUCUGGAUGUCUGGAUCUGGACCUGGACCUGGACCUGGACCUGGUUCCGGAUCUGGAUCCGCACCAGCACCUAAAGGAUCUUCCGCUUCUCAGCCGGCAAGCACACAAUCCACUAAGCCCAACUACAACCUCAACUUCUCCAGUGUCAUUGGUGGGAGAGCGGAGAGAGGAAUCCGUGGGCCUGGGUUUGGCCCCAAACCGAAGGUAAAAGAGGACGACUUUGAGGACCUGCUGUCCACUCAGGGUUUUGGUUCCAAGAUGGAUAGACAAGGACCAAGAACCAUUGCUGAGAUGAGGCGGCAGGAAAUCACAAAAGACAUGGAUCCUCUCAAGUUACAGAUAUUGGACUGGAUUGAGGGGAAGGAGAGGAAUAUCCGAGCGCUGAUGUCAACGCUGCACACCGUGCUGUGGGAGGGGGAAACCCGCUGGAAGCCCGUGAGCAUGGCCGACCUGGUGACGCCCGACCAGGUGAAGAAAUACUACAGGAAGGCGGUGCUGGUCGUCCAUCCAGAUAAGGCUACGGGUCAGCCGUACGAACAUUACGCCAAGAUGAUCUUCAUGGAGCUGAACGACGCCUGGUCAGAGUUUGAGAACCAAGGAUCCAAAGCACUCUUCUAGAACCCCGACCCCCGGCCUCGACCCCCUGCUACACCAGACCAGACCACCCCGGACCGGAUCUGGACGGGGCCAGAUUGCACAGGACUGAGCCCACAUUGGGCCUUAGAGCCUCUGAGAGGCGUCCUCUCUGCCAUUCCCUCCCCGCUUCUUUAGUCUCUUCUCUUUCUACACUCAACUCCAAAGACCUUUUGCCUCAUGUCUCGCUGUAAUGAAAACAUUCUCACAAAAACGGCUCGUGAGCGGCCAGUUUAAUAAAACGUCAAGAUGGCUCCCGUGUGAUGCCUGAGUGGUGCUACGAACACUGGGAGGGAACGACGGAUGACAGUCGCACUGAUGAGAUAAAUGACGAGAAAAAAAAAGGGUGAUUAUCAACCAACAGUAUUGGUUUUGUUUUGUUUGUUUUUUUCCAAUUUAAAAAAAAAAAAAAGUAUAAUGAAGCAACACUAGCAAGGUGCUGAUCACGUUUGGCUGUCGGUAAUAAGUUCUGCAUUUGUGCGCGGCACGUUUACAAACACUGAUCACCUCCGUCAGCACGGCAGCCAACGGGAACGGUUGUGAAACGUCUUCGGAAGGUGAAGUUUUUAAGCUUAGUUGCCUCAAAAGAAAGGAAACAAAACAAGAAAUGAAGCAAACGUUACCUUUUUUUUGAAUUUUACACAUUCCAACCAUGUAAAAUGAAGAAAUGAAAGGGAUAUUUUGAAAGUAUAAAUGAAGUAACUACAUUAAAUGUGCUACUGCUGCACCUUCCCGGGUCAUGACUUGGUCGGGGUUUGCUCCUGAACCAUUCCUUCUGCAGAAAAUCGCACGGCUACCUUCGCUCCGACCUCUCCACUUACGGCUCCGUGAAUUCUGCAAUCUGCAUCUGUGAACUGCCAGUCUUGUCUUUUUUUUUAUGUUUUUUUUUUUUCUCCAAGUGCUCUUUUAAUGCCACCCAAUCAGGCUACACCUGUGUAGCGAAGCGCAUGCUCUCCUGCACCAGAACUCUGCAGCAGCAGGUGGAUGGAUGUGUUUGAUCACCAAGCAGGCGGGUCCAGACGGGCGUGGGCUCUUUGGUUGAAGUGCUCUUUUACUCGUAGCAGAAACGGUGACGAGGCUACCUGCCUCGGUGGGGAACCACGGCCCUGCCGAGCAUCUCCAGCAUCCCUGUCCUUAACCCCGCUCUCUGUCUUCACUUCCAGCACGGGGUUCAGUGGACAUUUUUGAGUAAUAAGAGAUUGAAAAAAGAAAAAGUGGAUUCAUCAAAAAGAGAAAAAUGAUCAUUUAAUAUGGUUGAUCUUGGUUUUGUUUUGUAUUUUUUUUCUUCUGUUUGUUCUGUAUUUGUGUUAAGUUUUGUCUGUUAAUCAUUCAGUGUAAAUAUCGGAAUAUUUUCAUCCGUCAAGUGGCUUCAUAAAGAUUCCAGCCUGGAGUUUUGUUUCACGAUGAGACGACGGGCUGGACUGUGUGAAUAUGAGGGUGUGAUGUGUUUCUCUUUGAAGAAAGAUAACUUGUCAGCCAUCAUGCUCUCGCCUGCAACCACAAUCAGUCUUUUCUUAAUUGUUUUCCAACCUCCUCUGCUCUCAUUGUUUAGGAUCUUUAUAAACUUUUCUUUUUUUUUUGUUUUCUUCUUUCAUAUUUUACCUCAUGGACCAAUCAAAUUGCUUGUUUUAUUUAUUAAUAGUGAGAGUUGGGGUUAAUGAAAUAUUCCUAAAUAUGAAUGGACCUCUGAAUAUUCGCGUAAUAUAUAUAAAUAAAGUGGAAUGUGCUGAUUGCAAGCGGGAGAGAGACUCACAAUGAGCCGCCGUCGCUGUUUUCAUUCCAAAGCAUCAAAUAUUAAUACGAAUGUGCUUUUACAAACUUAUCACCUGUCUGUUGUUACGCUGUACGUGUUUCUUUGCAUCAUUUGGGUGUUCAGACUGUCGUUUUGCAUCUUGCUUUACUUUUCUUUCUUUUUUUUUCUUUUUAAGGCAAGAUUGAAGUUAUUUCUGUUUGGUUUUCUGACGUUUUCCUCUAAUUCCGACUCAGAUGGGAUCAGCAAACCUAAGUAACAGAUUGAUGUUCAAAAUUCAGCGGCCACCUUUUUCCCCGACAGUCUACAAGUAUGAAAAGUGAGGAUGGCAAAAAUAAAUAAAUACAUAAAAAAAAAAAAAAGAAUCACUCAACUGUGUUUACUGUAUGAAAUUAAAUCUUACUAAUAUGAAUGUACAUUUCAGUGCAAAAAAAAUAAAAAUGUUUUCAUCU